AUGCGGUGUUUCCUAGGCUGGUGCGAAGCUGCCCAGGUCAACCUUGGUACCAGGCAACUUCCGGCAAAUGUGAGGUACUCUGGAGGUCAGGAUCGAGAAAAGCGUCUAGUCCUGGAGGGCCACAGUACGCAGCUGCAGAUCGGCGUACAAUCACCAGUCUCGGUCCUCGCGGGUUUGCAAACAAAUUUCAAAUUUGUGUCCAGCCGCCUCCAGUUCCAGCCGGCUAACUCCUAUCAAAAGCUGCUUGAGGACACCGCCAAAGACUUGGCCAUUGUAUAUGACGCUGGUCAACGCCGUUGCUGGCUUCUCCCCAAGCUGAGCCUCCUUUUGCACAUGAGCCAUGCCUACGCUCAGCGCCGGAAUAUUCCCAGUGAUCGAGUACCGCAUGUCGCCCCUCACCCUGACGCCCAUGAUAUAAUAGAGUUCUUGAGGAAUUUUGGUGAACAUCAAAUACACGAGGACCCAGCCAAUCCAUUCCUUUUCAGGCAGCUCUUGCUGGGACUGAAUAUCAACUUGCUGACUACUGUCUCGGCAGUCCAACAAAGCUCGGGAACGAAGCUUUAUGGCUUCGAGUUCCUGGACGUGGUCACUUCCCCUGGCCGAGGAAGCUGCAUGAAGAAGCUGGAACUCGAGUCUGCGGGAAAAGCUUGGCUUGAUAUCGUCAAUGUCGUCGACGCAGUUGUCGUCUGCUCCGAACUGGGCGAAGCCAUCACCCCAGUUGAGGACAGUGGCCGGAGUAGCCCUUCCUGCAAUGUCGUGCCCAAGGAUCGGGACUACCUCGCCGCCACCCUCCCCUGUCUCAGUCGAUUGAUAGAGCGCAAGGGAGGCCGACUGACACCUCAGGAUGGACUGCACGGCGUGAAGAUCUCCGAGGACAGUUAUUGGCACCUCUGCGGCAACCCCUUCCGACCUUGCCUCCACGGUACCAGAAGCAGUUCCUCGUGCUGGAAAGGGUUUGACAUCAUUCAACGGCUUGAGUCGGCAAAACUAUUCAAACUGUUUCCGGUUUCACCUCGUAUCCCCAGCGCUCCUCCGGUACGCAACAUCCCGCCAUUCGGGGCGGUGGUUUUUGGCAAAAGAGUGGCCUGA